AUGUCUUAUUUGGUGUUAUCUGCGUUAACCAUUGUCCUCAUUAUUGGUCCCUGUUGGCCUGAACUUAUUCGGUACGAUAACUACAACAUUUAUCAAGUGAAACCAGAAACUAGUGAACAAUUGACCCUUUUGGAGCACCUCGAAAGUACCAGUGAUAGCUUGAGAUUCCUCACACCGAUUACAACGGUUGGAAGAUCAGUUAACAUCUUAGUAGCGCCUCAUAAACAACCUGAGUUCCUAGAUAUCCUCAAGGACAAUGGAGUUGCCCAGAGUCUCAUCGAGAAGGAUUUUCAGAAGACCUUAGAUGCCGAGCAGGAGAGUUUUAAGUCUAGAUCUGGAGUCUACGACUGGAACAGCUAUCACACCUUGGAAGAAAACUACGAAUGGUUAAGGACCUUAGUGGAACAAUAUCCUGACAAAGUUGAACUUAUCGUUGCUGGAUCAACUUAUGAAGGACGUGAAAUUUUGGGAGUAAAAGUCUCUUUCAAACCAGAUAACAAGGGAGUAUUUUUAGAAACAGGGAUCCAUGCUCGUGAAUGGAUUGGUCCUGCUACUGUAACCUAUAUCCUGAAUCAGUUAUUGACAAGUGAGGAUCCUGCGAUACGAGCUACUGCUGAAAAGUUCGAUUGGUAUAUAAUCCCACAUGCCAAUCCAGAUGGAUAUGCUUACACUCAUACAAGGGACCGUCUUUGGAGAAAAACUCGGUCAAGGUCACUCUUUUGCUACGGAGCUGACCCAAACAGAAACUGGGACUUCUACUGGAAUUAUGUUGGAGCUAGUUCAUUUGGAUGUUCGGAAACCUACGCUGGAAGCUCAGCAUUCUCUGAGAUUGAAACCAAAUCUCUUUCUGAUUACAUCAAGUCAUUGGACGGAAGGAUUCAUACCUACAUCGCAUUCCAUUCAUACUCACAGAUCUUGCUUUUCCCGUACGGACAUACCAAGGAUCAUGCCCCUAACCAUGAUGAUUUGCAACAAAUUGGAGAUGCAGCAGCUGCGGCACUAGCUAAGCGAUAUGGGACGAAAUAUAAGGUUGGAAAUAUAUAUGAGGCAAUCUAUCCAGCUUCUGGAGCCAGUGUGGAUUGGGUCUAUGGGACCAGAGAUAUUAAAGUGGCGUUUACUUAUGAGUUGAGACCAGCUUCGUCCUCGAAUGGCUUUGUCCUGCCAGCUAAUCAAAUUAUUCCAACUGGGCUGGAAACUUUGGAUUCAUUGAUGGCUUUGUUGGGAGAAGCUGAAAAAUUAAAUUAUUAUGUAUAA